AUUCCGAAACAAGCGAGUCCCACAUGGUCAAAGCUUGUAAGAAAAGAUCUCUGAAACCUCAUAGACUCCCUUCGUACUUUGCAUUUUCACAUUUUUCUAGGGUUUCGUUCGCGAUUUUGUGCUCAUUUUGAUCAGAUUUCGGUAGAUUUUGAGCUAAUUCAGCUGCAGCGUACAGUUGUUGUUACACAGAUACUUGCAAUAUGACUGGUGCCUAAGCAACAACUACAAAUCACCUCAACUAUGGCUUCAGGUGAAAUGGGUCCUACUGCAGUUGAAAAAAGUGGUUGUGAUUCUAUGUCUGUGGACAAACUGCCUGAGGAAAUCAAUGAAAUGACAAUCAAAGAUGACAAGAUCGAAAAGGAAAUGGAGGCGACAGUUGUAGAUGGGCAUGGUACUGAAACUGGCCACAUCAUUGUUACUACUAUUGGAGGUAGAAAUGGUCAACCUAAACAGACAAUAAGCUAUAUGGCAGAGCGUGUCGUUGGCCAGGGUUCUUUUGGAAUUGUGUUUCAGGCAAAGUGCUUGGAAACAGGAGAAGCCGUUGCAAUUAAAAAAGUGUUGCAAGAUAAACGAUACAAGAACCGUGAACUGCAAACUAUGAGGCUUCUUGAUCAUCCUAAUGUUGUUUCACUCAAACACUGCUUCUUUUCUACUACAGACAAGGAUGAGCUGUAUCUCAAUCUGGUUCUUGAGUAUGUUCCAGAAACAGCUUAUCGUGUAGCAAGACAUUACAGCAAGGCAAAUCAGAGGAUGCCUAUGAUAUAUGUCAAACUAUACACCUAUCAGAUUUUUAGAGCCUUGGCUUAUAUUCAUGCAAUUGGGGUCUGUCACAGAGACAUUAAGCCUCAAAAUCUUUUAGUGAAUCCUCAUUCUCACCAGCUCAAACUCUGUGACUUUGGGAGCGCAAAAGUUCUGGUCAAAGGGGAACCAAAUAUAUCCUACAUAUGUUCUCGGUACUACCGUGCACCUGAACUCAUAUUUGGUGCAACCGAGUACACAACUGCAAUUGAUAUUUGGUCUGUAGGCUGUGUUCUUGCUGAGCUGCUUCUUGGACAGCCUCUUUUCCCAGGUGAGAGUGGCGUGGACCAGCUUGUAGAGAUUAUCAAAGUCCUUGGCACACCAACUCGUGAAGAAAUUAAAUGCAUGAACCCAAACUACACAGAGUUUAAGUUCCCACAAAUCAAGGCUCACCCAUGGCACAAAAUUUUCCACAAGCGGAUGCCCCCAGAAGCUGUAGAUCUUGUCUCAAGACUCCUCCAAUAUUCUCCAAACUUGAGAUGCACUGCUUUGGAGGCCUGUAUCCACCCAUUCUUCAAUGAGCUUCGUGAUCCAAACACUCGCCUUCCAAACGGACGACCUUUGCCACCUCUCUUUAAUUUCAAGCCUCAAGAGCUAAAAGGUGCAUCAGCUGAACUUCUGGCUAAACUCAUACCAGAACAUGCUCGGAAGCAGCAGUGUCCUGUAGUUGGCGGUUAGCAUAAGUAAUUGUCGUUAUGUAUCAAAUGCCAUGUUUAUCUUCCCCCUCCUUAACUUAAAGAUUCCGGCCAGUGCCCACUUCUUUGUUUGUUUUGCUAGAUUUAUUCUCGAAAGAGAUAAUUAUCUUUACUACUUUUGGAUUGUGGUGUUUGUUUCA